AUGGAUACUAGAUCUUUACCUCCGGAAUUCCAUUCUAAAUUAGCUGAGCUGAAAAAAGCAUUAGACGAUGAAUAUAUAACAAAGAAAGGUUUCGAAAAAGAAAAGAAUGCAUUACUAGAAAAGUAUAAAGAUUUUAUUCCUGUCGAAAACAAUAUUGCAAAGUCGACGUCUUUCAUGUCUACUUCUAAUUCAGCAUCGUCUGAUUAUAACGGAGGAGUGUCACAUGAUAACGGAAAUAAUUUACAAAAUUCGUACGCUACGAAUGGAGAUAUUAAUUUACAACCUUAUAGAUCAGAGGAUAUGAACAAUAAUAACCCCAAACAUAACCUUUAUUUGAAUGGUGAAGAAAUUUCUUACUCUUCUAAUCAGGAUUUUACUUCAUUUGGGUAUCAGAAUCAGCAUCGUCAUUCAAGCAAUAUAGUAAUGCCUUCACAUACAAGCGUACAUUCUCAUCUUCGUACUCAUAGUGUCGAUGCAAUAGAUACUUCUAAUCCGAGACCUGUUUUGGUGUCUCGAAAAACUGAUUCUCAACAAUUGAACGGUUCCAAUUUAAAUUUUAUGACGCCACCUAUACCUCCAUCUUUAGAUUCUAACCUUUCACGAUGGGGAAGUAAUUCAUUACCACCUACACCAGGGUAUAUGCACAUACAACCACAACAUGGUUAUAAUUCUUCAUUACCAUAUCAUCCUUCACCAAUCGGUUUUGGAUCUGGGCCACAUGUUAUCAGACCUCAACCACGACCAGUGCAACCUAUUCGACCACCUUUUAAUGGUGAUAUUCCAUUGGUCGGGAGGACGCAAAAACUUAUUAACGAAGAACUAGAAAUGGGAAGGCCAAGUUUUGAAGAUGAUAAUGCAUCAAUUAGAUCUAGUAAAUCAUAUGCUUUUAGGUUGGAUGGUUCAACAAACCAAAACAUACCUAAUGAUGAAAGAUUCAUUAAACCCGGUGAUAUACCUAAAAGAAAUAAUGAUAGAUUUUCGUUAUACAAUCAUCCCGUAUAUUCUGAUGCUUUAGAAGAUUUGGAAGAUUUCGAUCCAAGUCUUUCAAAAUUAGCCGGCAAACAAUUCAUGCCCUUCGAACCUCGAGAAAUUCCUUUCAAGAUCACUGAUCCAUUAAACCGUUCACAACUACUUUCCGAUUUUUCUAAUAUAGCAUCAAUCCUUCAAUAUAGAGGUAAUAAUACUCCAAAAAAGAGAGCUUUUCUAGCGGUUGAUCAAAAAGGACGUGAGUCUGGUGAUUUUACUUGGGAAAAAUUGAAUUCAAAAGCUGAAAGAAUGGGUCAAAUUAUGAUACGAGAUAGUGGAUUAAUGGUGGGUGAAAGAGUUGCAUUGAUAUAUCGUAAAAAUGAAAUCCUUGACUUUUUAGUUGCAUUAUUUGGUUGUUUUUUCGCUGGUCUUGUAGCUGUACCAAUUAAUGCUGUUGAAAAAUUUGAUGAACUUUUAUUCAUACUUGAUAGUUCAAAUGCUAAAUUAGUACUCACAACUAAUAAUAAUUAUAAAGUAUUUACUCAAGAUCUAUCAAAACAACAAAAAGAAUUACCAAAAAGUGUAUUAUGGUGGAAAACUGAUGAUUUUGGUUCAAUGAAGAAAGGUGAAAAACUUGUAAAGUAUAAACCUACAGAUUUAGCUUACAUUGAGUAUACUAAAAGUCCUAAUGGCGAAUUAAAAGGUGUAGUAAUAAGUCAUAAAACUAUAUUAGCUCAAUGUAAAGUAAUGAGUGCAAGUGUUAUGGACAAUAAAGGUCGAAAACAUGUGGGUGAAGGAAGUAAAGAAGCAAAUAUGUUGACACAAGAUACUGUAUUAACUUAUUUAGAACCUAGGCAACAAAUUGGGUUGUUAUUAGGUGCAUUAUGGGGUGUUUAUUAUGGAAAUUUGACUGUAUUUUUAGCAAGUCUUGGGCCAGAUACUCCAGGACUUUGGAUUAAUUGCGUUUCUAAAUAUCAAGAUACAUUAACGAUUGAUCCUAUGAUAAAUGAAAUUAUAGCUGAAAAGUUUUUAAUUCCAUUAGGAAUAAAAUAUCCACUAGAUAUAAUAACUCCAUUAAUUAGUUUACCGGAACAUGGAGGAAUGAUACUUAGUUUUGGUGAUUUAUUAGGUGUUAGAGGACUUGAUGAUCGUAAUGAAGGGCAAAGAGGUGUAAAAGAAUUUAUUUUGAGCAGGGAAGGGUUGAAAGAAAAUAAAAUUGUUAUAUGGUCUGGCGAGGGUGAAAAAAAAAAAGAUAAAAGGUUUAUAAGAGUUGGUGCUUUUGGAUUUGUAAUGCCAGAAGCCACCAUAGCAGUAGUAGAUCCAGAUACAAGAGCAUUAUGUUUUCCGGAUACAGUAGGUGAAAUAUGGGUAGAUUCGCCUUCACUAUCUGGAGGAUUUUGGAAUUUAGCUAAGCAUACCGAAUCAAUAUUUCAUGCUCGACCAAUAUUCGUACCUCCUGAUACCUCAAAACCAGAAUAUUUUGAACAAGAAUUUCUAAGAACCGGAUUAUUAGGUUCAUUAAUUAACGGACAAUUGGUAGUAUUUGGAUUAUAUGAACAUAGAAUAAGACAAUUUAUUGAAAUUAAACCGGUAGAAGUUCCUAAAAAAUUAAAAGUAAUUAAUCGAGCGGAAGAUGAUAAUGAAGAUGGAAGUACUUGUAAUGAGGUAGAAGAGGAAAAAAAACUGGAGAGAUGGAAGUUUCAUUAUACAUUGGAUUUGGAAACUACUGCUAAAAGAAUGGUUGAAGGCGUUUCCGAUUGCAUCGUGAUAGAAAUUUAUAUUAAUGAACAAAGUUUAACAGUUUUAAUAGCCGAAACAAAUUUUUCUCUUGAACGUCUUCCAGAACUUGGGGACAACAUAUAUGAAACUAUCGAUUCAAUUCAUGGUUUAAAAUUAUAUUGUAUUUCAAUAUGUCAAUUAGGAUCAUUGCCAAGAAUUUGGAAAAAUGGCAAAAAAUUAUUAAAUCCCAUGUUAUGUAAGAAAGCAUUUGAGUUUGGAAAAUUAAGUGUUAUGCAUGUUAGAAUGAAUGUUAUAGAUACUAUUAUUGAUCUCCCAAUCGGAGAAGAUAUUAUUACCGGAGUUUGGGGACCAAAUUCUUCAACAGCUAGGCAAGAACUCACUAAAGAGUUAUCGGUAAUACGUCGUCCACAAGUAACGAGAGUAGAAAAUCUUCAAGAAGUUAUAGACGAACGUUCUGGGUCCAACAUGUUAAAGUUUCGUAGUAUAGUUGAUGUCUUAUUAUGGAGAUGUCAAGCGCUACCAGAAGAAGAGGCCUAUAAAUUAAUAGAUCGUACUGGGAAAGAAACAAAACUUCUUACCUGGAAAAAAUUCUCAAACAAAAUUGCCACAAUAGCAAAUUAUUUACAGAAAAAAGGAUGUAAAGCAGGUGAUCAUGCAGUAUUGACAUUUCAACACGGAUUAGAUUUUGUCGCUAGUGUUUAUGCAUGUAUGAUACUUGGAAUUGUGGCAAUACCUAUGGAUAAAAUAGAGAAUGAAAGAAUUAGCGAAGAUGUUCCUUCAUUAUUAGGAAUAAUCGAUGAUUUUAAAGUUUCGUGUAUUUUGGUUAACGUAGAUUCGGAAUCCAUAUUUAAAGGAAGGACAAUGCAAAAUUUUCUUAAAGGAAAUACUCAAAGCAAAUCUUCGGGAGGACAACCUGGCAGUAAUGUAGGAUCAGUUAAUGGUUUACCACCAUUAAUUAAUGUGUCAAAAGCACCAGCGUUUAAAAAAACAUUGAAAGAAGCUAAUUAUUCAAUGCAAGAAGAAUGGUUAAAUUCAAACUGGGCAGCGCUAGUGAUGUGUUAUUUCAGUGCAGAUCAACGAAGAUAUUGUGUAAAAUUGGGGCAUGAUAAUUUGCUAUCAUUAUGCAAAGUACAAAAAGAAACAUGUCGAUUAACUAGGACACUAACGAUAAUGGUUACUCCAUAUGAUUAUUCAACAAAUCCACUAACAUGGUUUGAAACUUUAUCACAAUAUAAGAUUAAAGAUGUAUAUGCUACAUUCCCAAUGUUACAACAUGCGAUAACAGCAUUUGAGAGUAUUGAUUAUAGAAGUUUUUCACUUCAUCAUUUAAAAAAUCUUAUGAUACCUGUUGAAACUAGGCCCAAUGUUAAUUUAUACAAAAAAAUAGUUAAAACAUUUUCAGAAAAUCGGUUGGAUAACAUAGCUAUAAACUAUGUAUACAGUCAUAUAGCAAAUCCGAUGAUAACCACAAGAUCAUAUAUGUGCAUUGAACCUGUUGAAUUAUAUUUGGACUUAAAAAGCUUAAGACGAGGCAUUGUUAAAACUGUUAAUCCCGAUGAACCUUUUGGAAUAUUGUUACAUGACAGUGGAAUGGUACCAGUAUCAACACAAGUAGCGAUAGUUCACCCAGAAACACGACGUCCAUGUCAUACCAAUGAACUUGGAGAAAUUUGGGUAUCAUCAGAUGCCAAUGCAAAAUCAUCUUAUGGUUCAAAUGAUCCUUUAGAACGAGCAAAAUUUUCUGCGACUAUCGAAGGCGGUGUUGAUAAAAGACUAUAUUUAAGAACGGGAGAUUUGGGAUUUUUACACACAGUCCGUAGACCUACCAGAGAUAAUGGAGCACCGAUAGAAUUUCAAUGCCUGUUCUUUUUAGGGCCUAUUGCAGAAACUUUUGAAGUUAACGGACUAAUGCAUUUCCCCGUUGACAUUGAGUUUACUGUGGAGCGGUGUCAUAAUUUGAGUUAUCCUACUAAUGACGAAACAGUUUGUACAAUUGAAGUUCGAUCCGUUGAAGGAAUUUUAAAUUUAGUUCCUUGCACAAUAAGUUCUAUAUUAGAUGAGCAUCAAUUUAUUAUAGAUGUAAUAGUAUUCAUCAAUAACGGUACUUUACCGAAAUCGCGAUUAGGAGAAAAGCAACGAGCAAAAGUUAUGGAUAGCUGGUUACGUGGAACACUACAAGCACUCCAUGUUCACUAUGUAAAGCCGUUAAAGUCUCGGCCAAAAGUCAUUCCUCAGUUUCAACAGUCAAAAAUAUCAAAUUCAAGAAUAUCUUAA